AUGUCUUACAACAACGAGUACAGUAGCAACAGCAACGAUGAGUACAGCAGUACUGGUCGCCAAGGCGGUCUCAACGACAGAACCACUGGCUCAGGAGCCUAUGGCAACGACUCUAGCUACGGCAACGACUCUCUGAGCAGCGGAGCAAACCCCGGCAGUGGACUUGGCCGCGACCAGUACAGCGACUCCUCAAACACAUACCGUAGCGGUGAGCUUGGCAACGAUGACAUUGCCUCGCGCGGCAACACUGGCAACACACUGGGCAGAGACGAGUUCUCGGGUGGUAACUCUGGUUCUGGAAUUGGCAGAGACGAGUUCUCUUCUGGUCGCGACAACACCUAUGGCUCCUCGAACGCUGGUAGAGAUACCUUUUCGAGCUCUGGAGACAACUAUGGCUCUGGCGUGACUGGUUCGUCGGCAGGAGAUUAUGGUCAUCAUCACAGAUCUGCUGGUGAAGCACUGGGUCAAGAUGACUUGAAGCCUAGCCAUGGUAUUGAGAGGGAUACCCACCACACCACUGGCGGCAACUACCCCUCCAUCGACGACAACUACGGCUCAGGCACCAGCAGUGGCGUCGGCUUCGGCAACAAGUCGAGCUAUGACCGCGACACCUUUGACGACUCGAGCAACACCCGUUUCGGCUCUUCCACCGAUACUGGCGCCUACUCGGGAAGCACCGACUUUGGCUCCGGCGCCACUGGCGGUGCUGGAUACGGUAACAAGGCCACCUCUGGUCGUGACACCUUUGAUGACUCAAGCAACACUCGCUUCGGCUCAUCCACCGACACUGGUGCAUACUCGGGCAGCAACGAGUAUGGUAGUGGUUCCACCGGUGGUGCAGGAUACGGUAACAAGUCCUCCGAGUACACCACUGAUGAGAGCUCUGGCAAGCAAGGCGAUUCGACCGCUGGAAAGCUGAUGAGCAAGCUCGGUGGUAUGAUGAAGAAUGAGAGGAUGGUUGAGAAGGGUGAGGCCAAGCGUGAGGCAGCCGGUGCCUACAACGAGCGCUCCGACUAUUAA